CAAAAUUUCCCUUGUAUCAAGGCCCCUUUGAAACAGUGAUUUCACUUUUGAUCUCAUUCUUCUCUUCUCUAUUGGAUUCCUAGACCUGCCUAAAGCCUAAUCAAUCAACUUCUUCCUAAAAUCCCAUUUUUCUCACAUUUAUGCAAUCUUCUUCAAAUGGUUCAGUUGAGCCCCAGAGUUCACUCAAAUUCAGGGCUAAAAACAAGAGUAGUCCCUUUAUGAUGAGGGCUCUUGGAGGACUUGGCUGCAAGGGGCACUCAUCCUCGGCAGCGUCGGCUCCGGCGGUGAUCCGGUCAGCGGCGCAGUGGGACCCUGCUAACCAAGGGAAGAAGAAGAAGAAGAAGAAGAAAACAUCAUCGGCAUUGGGUAGUGGUACUAGGAAUAAUCCUGCUGCCAAUGUAGUUGUAGAUGUUCCUGAUGUCUGCUGCGCUCCUCCUGGGAUUGGUUCUGCUUCCGAUGUUCUUCCUAGACCAAGAAACAACACUCAAAGACCAAAUCACAGAGAGCAUUCUCGUAUACAUCGAAGAGCUGCAACCCAAGAAGAAACCUCUGCACUGAACUUGUCAGCAUCAUCUGAUGCAAUUAGCACCAGAAACCAGACACUUAGUACUAGGAAUUAUCCUGUCUUUCAUCAUCAUUCUCCUGGAGGAGGAAUAUCUGAGAUUGUGAUACUAAGACAGAACAUCCUGUAUGCAAGAAAUGUUGACAGAUAUGAUCAGUAUGGAGACUGGAGACUUGAUGUGGAUCAUAUGGGCUAUGAGGAACUGCUUGAAUUGGGUGAUAGGAUUGGUUAUGUGGGCACAGGUUUGGGAGAAGAGAGGAUACUUCAAUUCCUAAAGAAAGUUAAGCACUCAAAUCCUGAGGCCAUUCCAUUGCUUAAUUCCAACUAUGAUAAAGACUGGAAGUGCAGCAUUUGUCAAGAGGGAUACAAAAGAGGUGAUGAAUUGGAAGUAGGAAGGUUGGAGUGUGGGCACUACUACCACAUACACUGCAUCAAGCAAUGGCUUCUCAACAAGAAUGUAUGCCCUCUUUGCAACAACUCUGUGAUUCGUUGAUCACAACAGACACUCCCAAACUUUUUGCUGCAAUCUUGCCUUAUUCUUCAUCUUAUUUCUCCAAAAAUCUUUUAAUUUUCCAAUCCUGCUAUAUAUUCUUACACAUUCAGUUUCCAUUUUCUUCCACACAACACUGGAGUUGCAUUGGGUGAUUUUAUCCUUGGUGUGGAUGUGAGUGUUUGACUUGGUGAAAAGCAUAUAAUUAUUGUAUUAUUCUGGUACGCCCGCCAGAGGACUUGUAGAAUCUUCUUCUUGCUGAUGCUCAUGGUGCCGUGACUCAGAGAGUGUGGUAGCCUGUUUCUCUUGUCCUUUUACGGGUCUUUUCUCACC